AUGGAGCCAGAGAAGGCCGAGGCAGCGAAGCAGCCGAUGGAAGAGGAGGCUGGAGACUCCGUGGAUCCCCGCGAACUAGUAACGCGGAUUUUGUUAAUGUUCAGGCAUGCGAAGUAUGUAAACCAGUACCGCGCAAUGUUUGUUCGCAACUGCAAGGUCAAGACUGAUCAGAUCCUGCGAGAGGGCAAGAGCAAAAGGAAGAACCGCAAAGGGCAGGCUGCUGAUCCAACUACUGCAUCAGAAGGUGAAAGCAAGGGGCAAGCCUACCACCCUGUUUGCUGCGAGGUCUGCUCAACUGAGGUCGGGGUGUUUGACGAGGAUGAAGUCUACCACUUCUUUAACGUGAUCCCUAGCAACUCCUGA